AUGUCCAACUCAGAAAAAAAGCAAGCUAACUCGCAUUUACAGCAAGAGUCUUUAGUUUUAAAACAACAACAGCAACAAGAAGAAGAGAAUCUUUCUCUAAGUGAAGAAUCUUCAAAUGCAAAACCAACAACAGCACCUAAAGACAUCACCACCAAUACAUCUUUCGAAGAGAAAAGCAGCACUUCAAAGAAGUCAAAAAAGAAAAAAAAAUCUAAGGCCGCUAUAAGUAAUAAUAUGAAUAAUAACGCGACAAAGGACGAGAUUGCUGAAAUGGUUGAAAGAAUUUUAAGUCCAAGUGAGCCAACUACUUCUAAUGUAAGCGGUAGUAGCAAUACCACACCUCAAACUUGCCCAGUCAAAAAUUGUAAACAACGCUUAACAUUCACCAGUAUAACCUGUCAAUUUUGUAACAAGCGAUACUGCUUAACGCAUCGGCUCCCAGAAUCACAUUCUGAAAAGUGUGCAGAAAAAACGCGACAAUCUGCACACUCCAGUUUCAAAAGUGACUCGAUACGUUUGAUCACGGAGGAACGACGGAAGCCGGGUAUUAUCAAUACGAAAGGAUUCAGCGCGGAAAGAAGUAAAGAGGAGCUACGGAAACGGUACAAAGAGAAAAUGGAGCACACUAAACAACAGGAAAGGGGUGGUGGGAAAAGCAAAGGAUAG